UUCGCCCUAACACACACACACACACACACGCACACACACACACACACACACACACACACACACACACACACACACACACACACACACACACAGCUAGAGGCUCACAACACAGCCAGAUCACUGAGUGUCUGUCUGCAGCAGCGCAGCUCCGCGCUGCUCGGAAAGCAAACGUUUUAAAAGCGGAUUUCGGACAUUUUUCUCUGGUUUUGCGCGGAACCUCCGCCUCUCCUGUGCGGCUCCGCUGUUUUCUGCGGCCGCUGUGGAUUUUUACCAUCCAUCUUCUGCUGUCGGAGAGCCGCCAGGCUCGUUCCGGGAUCGGCUCCACUGUCAGCGGGCUGCUGCUGCUGUCAGUCCGCGAAGGCUGAAGACUCUGGACGGAUGUUUGAGCUGGAGGACAAAACGGCUGCUGAAGGAUGGCGCCAUGAGGACACUUCCUGUUGGGACUAACAGCGCCGCUGGGCGGGAAGCAGCAGGUUUUCACUGACAAAAUCGAAAACCUUUUGAAGACACAAAGAAGUUCAGCAGCAAGAAAAUCUGAUCACUGAAGGAUUCUGUUGUGAUUGGGAAUGAAGAGCAAUGCACAACCAAGUUGAGAAUACAGCAUGUGAAAAGACAGUGUGCAUCUCACCCUUUAAUCACCCCCAGACUCUCCAAUCGACCUUGUUCAGAGAUGGAUUCUCCGUUUCCGUUUAGACGUGUUAGCAACCCUCUAAGGUUCAGUUAACAUGCUCGGUUGCUCUGGGACCUUUUAAACCCUUCAGUACCUUCCCUCUGAACCACCCCUCCUUUCCUCUCUCACUAAACUGAAGAGGAGAUUCAAAGAAAUGGAGGCCCGUGAAGUAGCUGCCCAUGGGCAAAAAUGCUUAACCAAGGAAAUCGUGAAGGAGAAAGCACCUCUGGAGAGAAAAUGGGCAUCUGAGCCUUCUGCAAACACAAAACAGAGCACUUUUUCUGAUCCAGAACUGAAACAUCGAGAGAGUUUGCCCUGUGGCGCAACCGGAGGAUCAGCGCCCCAUCAAAAGUAUGGGAUACCAGGCAAUUCUGCAAAGCUGCUAUCUGGAUCUUCUGCAGUUGGCGCAAUUGGGGGUCCGCCAUCCCAAGACCAAGGACCUUUUGCACAAGGUUUUCAAAGGGGGUACUUCCAUUUGGGCCAGCCGUACCCUCAGCAUCCCCAAUCUGAACGCUUCGUUUCUGGAGCUAAACCACAGCCUGGUCUGGAGCCGCACGCCUGGCCAUUUGUUGGUCAGUUGCCCUCAGAUGACUUAUAUCCUGUAGGACAUCCAGGCCAUACUCACCCACACGGGGCGGGGAGGUUUCCCAGGCAAAAAUCUCCUAGUUUACCAAGCUCGUUUGGACAGUUCCACUCCGGCUCUGAGCCUGGGGAGGAGGGCUACGGCAAAAAAGAGCAAAAGCCAAAAAAGCCUGGGAAGUACCUCUGUCCCUACUGUAAUCGAGCAUGCGCCAAGCCCAGUGUACUGAAGAAGCACAUCCGCUCGCAUACCGGAGAGCGGCCAUAUCCAUGCAUACCCUGCGGCUUUUCCUUUAAAACCAAAAGCAACCUUUACAAGCACCGCAAGUCCCACGCUCACGCCAUUAAAGCUGGACUGGUGCCGUUUUCAUCCGAGCCGUCAGUGGCCCCCAGUGGAGACACGGAUCAGGCAUCCACACCUGGUGAGGCAGGUCCCUCAGAGGGAGAGCAGAGUACAGACACAGAUGAGGAGGGUGUUGAGACCUCCAUCAUGUUGAUGGAUAAAGACAGUCCCAUCCCACAAAUCUCCUUUGAAGCAGACAAGAAUGGAGGUAGCACAGAACCAGCAUAUGCAGACUCGGCUGAGGAGCUCCCCAUCGGAUCAAUGAAAGUGCCUAUCCUCAUUUUCCCCAAGCCUGGGGGAGUCCCACCUACUGGGAUGGAGUGUCCCCCAUUUCAUGACAUAAAAGGCUCUCAUCGCAUGUUGGGUUCACAGGCAGGUGGGAGAGCACGUUCGCUAGAUGACUCCCCCAAUGCCAAACAGCGCUUGGCCCUGAGGUUGAUGGACAAGGAAGGGCAGAACUCAGAUCCUGGCAUGUCCCAGUCCCUUAACCUCCUCAGUCCUCAUAGCAAAGGCAGCACAGACUCAGGCUACUUUUCCCCCUUUGACAGUGCCGAGCUGCAAAUAGGCACUCCCAAUACUAACGUCAAGACAUAUGAAGAGAUUAUGUUUGGUCGGACUUGGUACAACCGACCCAACUCCAGGUCGAGACAGUCAAUCACGGUAAAUUUAGUUGGGGCAGAUCCCAAUACCCUGGCAACCUUAAAGCAGGCAGGGACUCUUUCAGACAUGGGGAAGAUUGUGGAGGAUCCUGUUUCCUUUACAAGAAACAUUCCAAUGUGUGGAGAAGCCAAGCAGUAUCCAACUGGCCCCUGCCAAAGCAGUACAGGACUUUUGGAGCCACCAUCAGAUUCUGCGACUCUUAUUAGGAGUAACUCCAUGCCAACUCCAUCUCCUCCUAACCUCAGUGCCCCUCCGGGGAUUCGAGGCAGUGUCUCCUUUGAUAACAUGGUGGCACCGGACGAUGUGUUUUACCCACCAGGUCACCCCAGACUCAGACGACAGGGUGCAUUCGAACAGUCAGGCAAUGAUGCUCACAUUGGAGAGGCCGAGGGUUACGGACACAUGGCCAAAAAUUUUGUCUCAUCUCUGGGUAUGAAGAUCAGUGAGCGUAACCCGGGAGUCCCAGAUAACAUUGCUUAUAACCCGUAUGGUACGAAGGUCAGCAUGUCAGAAAUAGCCACGAGGAAAAGGCGGAAAGAGAAGAGUGUUGGGGAUGAUGAGGACAGUCCUGGGCACUGUGACAGUAGCUGCAGUGGCUCAGUUGAGAUGAUGGGGGACUACGAGUUUAAACAAGGUAGUUUUGAUGGGUCAAGAGGCACACCAAUAGGCAAAGGCUCUCUUCACAGUGCCCACAGUCAGUCUGACAGCUUUGAUACAUGUCCCAUGUGCUCUGAGGACAUUGCGCUAGUUCCUGACUUGGAAUGCAGGAAGGCAACUCGCGGUUCAGUUAUCCAACAUACUGGCAUAGUGUCUCGUCCAAAUUCCUUUGAGAAGUCAGAGUCAUUGACAACAGGUUACCAGUCAGCAGAUAAGGUCCCAUCCAGUCAGUACUCAGAGCAGUCGGACAAUGACAUCUUUGAAGAUGCUUUGAGUCCUGAAUCUGCUCUUCUAAAGUCUGACAGCAUGGAUCAGCAAGCUUCCUGUGAGCUAGUUCCUCUUUCAUCGUCAUCAGCUGCAGCCUCACCUGGCCAACCAUAUCCCAACUCACAGAGACUGGUACGACAACCCAACAUCCAAGUCCCUGAGAUCAGGGUGACAGAGGAGCCAGACAAGCCAGAGAAGGACACCGAAGCUCUCACCUCUAAGGAGCCUGAGAGGCAGCAGCAGCAUGUUGAGGAGUUCCAGCUGCCACAGAGGAGCGACACGCUGUCUCAGAUGCCAACAGAAAAGCUGCCUCCCAAGAAGAAGAGGCUGCGUCUUGCAGACAUGGAGCACUCGUCUGGAGAAUCGAGCUUUGAGUCGACCUGCACCAGCCUUUCCCGAAGUCCCAGUCAAGAGAGUAACUUGUCCCACUCGUCCUCUCUCUCCAUGUCCUUUGACAGAGAUGAGGGUCCCAAGUCUGCCUCACAAACUAAACAGGAUGAUUCUAUGACAUCUGGUGGACCAAAGCAGUCAGAGUUUCUGACCGUCCCAGGUAGUGGCUAUUCCAGCCACCAUCAGCAGAGGGAGAUGAGGAGAUCUUCAUCCGAGCAGGCGCCGUGCACGUUCCCCACAGAGUUACCGGAAAUGCGUAGCAAAUCUUUCGAUUAUGGAAACCUGCCUUCCUCAAGGCAAGGCGAUUACACCAGCGCAUCGGCGAUGAAGGAACGGAGACGCGGCUAUCUGGUUCGACAGGCUUCGCUGAGUGUUUAUCCAGAAACAGUCCUCCAGGAAGCAGUCGCACCUGACAUUUCAAUCAAGCAGGAGAGUUUGGAGCAUGGGAUAUGGGCCAGCCCAACAGGUUCUCCACACAGCAGCAUCGAUCUGCCCAGCAGAACCAAGAGGCCUGCCAGCAGUACCGGGGGGUUGGGAUCCCACCAGCAGUACCACCAGCACAGCCUCCAGCAGAGCAUCAGUGAGGACAGCCUGCAAGAUGAACCCAUCUAUGGAAGGUCGCAGCAGCAUCGCCUCCAGGCCCAGAGCUCCUCAUCUGAAGGGGAACAUCCGGGCCUGGAGGCGAUGAGUAAGGAUUUACCCCACCAGUACCAGAACGCCACCGCGCUCAUCUCCAUCCCCCAGCCGGGUCUGUUCUGGAGCCAGGAGUCCGAACAGAAACAGCAGACCCUCCAGGCCCAACAGCAACUCCUGAAGCUGCACAUCCGAUCCCAGGGCAGCCUGGCCGGACAUCCGCAGACGUACGACGGAAAACCGGACGGCUCACAGAUUUACUCCUCCUCCAUCUCCGGGAGGAACCAGCAGAACCUGGGCCCGCUCUCCUCCAAACACUCGCUGCCUGGAUCCACCGCCGCCCUGCUGCCGCCUCAGGUCCAGCCCGUGUUUGCCACUCAGAACCCUGGAUCCCAGCUGCCCGGCUUGUUGGUUCCUGUCAGGAUCCAAACCAACGUGCCGUCAUUUGGUAGCGCGAUGUACACCAGCGUUAGCCAGCUGAUGGUUUCUUACGGCUGUGGAGUGCAGGCGCUGGAGGACAGCGGCAGGGCCCCCAAUACGUCUCCUCCGCUUGUGAACAUUGGAAAGCCAGUGGGAGGAGGGAUGAGCGGAGCCGGAUUCAACCUGUCCCUCCUCCUGGGGCAGGUUGACGUUGCCGGGUUACGGUUUCCGCCGCCGGAGCAACAGGUGAACACGGGCAUCCCGCUGUCGCUAACGUCAGGAACCAUAUCCACUACCGACGCCUCGGCGUCCAACUUGGUGGCCAGCAAACGCAUGCUCUCACCCACCAGCUCCCUGGAGCGCUUCUUUGAGACCAAGCAGCAGAAACGGGUGAAGGAGGAGCGGAUGUACGGUCAGAUAGUCAAAGAGAUGGGAGCCGUGGAGCUGAGCGGAGCCGAGCGCACUUCCAAGAAACAAGGAAGAGGUUUGAAGACCGAGGAGUCCGUGGACGAUUCUGAACGGAUGUCUUCUUCUCCUCCAAUCUGCGACUUCCCCGUCGCAGCCAAGAUCGCCAUUCCCGUCCGAUCUCCAGCUCCUCACCUGUCCGACGUGCCGCGUGCGGAGAGCUUCACCCCGCCUCUCCAGAUCGUCACGGAUCGCUCGCCGGCUCCGGGUGGGCGGGACUCCCCGGAGGAGCUGGACGUGGACGAAGCGCCGCCGCCAUGCGGCUCCAGCCCAGAGCCCAUGCUCUCCUCUAACGACGCCGAAGACGCCACGAAGCGACCCGCAACGCCGAAGCUCUUUGGAGAUGCUGCAGCCCAGCAGCUGUUGCAGUUCCCCAGCCUGCGCACCAUGAGCCGCGUUAGCUGGUGCUUCCGGAGCUACACCAAACCCAACAGCACCCCGGCCGCCGCCCACAGCUCCGUCUACAGCUCCUGGUGCGUCAGCUCGUACAACCCCAACCCGCUGCACCUCAGCACCAAAGCCGCGCUGGCUCUGCUCCGGUCCAAACAGAGGACCAACACCGACCUCUUGUACACCGUCGCCGCCAUGGCGCCGCCCAGCUCUGGGAAGCUGGUGUCGUCCGUGGCCUGGAAGCUGAGGUUUGAUCAGCUGAAGCCGGAGCUGAUGCCGGUGGACAUCAGCCAUUUUGGGAGGAAGAUGAAGGGCGUGGCGUCAUGGGACCGCUCAAAGGAAGAGCAGGUGGAGAAGGAAGUCUCCGUCAAGCAGCAGGCGGCCGAACCGACCCGCAUCAAGAUCUUCGAGGGCGGGUAUAAAUCCAACGAGGACUACGUGUACGUGCGCGGCCGCGGCCGCGGGAAGUACAUCUGCGAGGAAUGCGGCAUCCGCUGCAAGAAGCCCAGCAUGCUGAAGAAACACAUCCGGACCCACACAGACGUCCGGCCGUACGUCUGCAAGUUCUGCAACUUCGCCUUCAAGACCAAAGGAAAUCUGACGAAGCACAUGAAGUCCAAGGCUCACAUGAAGAAGUGUUUGGAGUUGGGAGUCUCCAUGUCGUCGGUGGAAGACGGCGAGGCCGACGACGGAGAACUCGGAGAGGAAGGUCAGAGGUCGUCAGAGAAGCUGUCCAGAGGCACGGUGGCCGAGCAUCAGUUCUCCGACGCCGACGAGUCGGACGGCGGCGAGGACGACGGAGACGAGGUGGACGAUGAAGACGAGGACGAGGAGGACUACGACGGCGACUCCACGCCGAAGACGCGUUCGCGCUCCACCAGCCCGCAGCCGUACGCCCUGCCGUCGAUGUCCAUCACGGCCGUGGCCGCCGCCCACGUCGCCCCGCAGCUUCCCCGGCAGGGGGCGCCGGACCUCCUGGGCCCCCCCAGCAGGCCGCCUCUGUUCGGGUACUUCACCACCGUGCCGAGCAUCCAGAUCACGCCGCAGGCUCCGCCCCCAGAGCGCGCCCCGGCGGAGCAUCAUGGAGGCGCGGAGCGGAGCCGACUGCUGGCUCCGCCCUCCUCCUCCAUGGACGCAGACGUCCCCGUCCCCUCUCCGGACCUCUCCCCGCCCGGCCGGGACCUCUCCGGCUGCCCGUCCCCCGGCUCCCCGUCCUCGUCCCCCUCCACCUGCCAUUACCUGUCCCCCCGCCGCGACCUCUCCCCCCACGCCCACCUGUCCCCUCGGCGGGACGUCUCCCCGCUGCGCCACAUCUCCCCCAAGAGGGACCUGGGGGUGGGAGGGUACCGGCGGGACCUGUCCCCGCGGCGGGGCCACCUCUCGGUGCUGUCCCCUCUGACGGCCGGCUCUCCAGGAGGAAGGGACUACAAGAGGGACCUUUCACCGCGAGGGCGCCACCGGGGCAUGAUCCGGCCGCUGUCCCCCCGCCGCGGCGUCUACCAUCAGAGCGGGGCCCGGAGCCCAAGGGCCAAUCAUCAGAUGGCGGUGGCGGCUCAGGGAGAUUUCCCUGUGGGGCGGCGCAGCAGCACUGCAGAGAUGGAAAAGGAUCUCCGACCCGGUUCUUCGUCACCAUCUGAGCGGAAUCCCGGUUCUGCCCGGUGCUUCCAGUCCGGCCCGCCUCACCAGGUUCUGUUCAGCCAUCUUCCAACCCAUUCACAACUCCAGGUGCGUUCGCCGUUCCCGAUGAUUCCCAUCGGAGGAAUCCAGAUGGUCCACUCCGUCCCGACGUCCGCCACCACGCCGCUGGGCCAGCAGGGGGCGCCGGCCGCCGUCGAGAGGGGCCGGCGGGGAGGGGAGAGGCUGGAGGGGGGCGGAGUCAGACCGGAGCAGGAAGAGAGCAUCCACACCUGCACCAAGGCCAUCGCCUCGCUCUGCCUCGACCCGCAGUGUGUGGAAGGAGGAAGAGCGGCUUCGGCCGCCUCGGCGUCGGGUCCUGACUCCCAUCAGCAGCAGCGGCAGCGCUGCUCCUCCCCGCCUCCGCCCGACAUUCAGCACUUUAGCGGCCUUGAGCUCCGGCCUUCCUCCUCUUCCUCGCCCGCUCCUCUUCCUCCCAGCCCGGCGCCCGACUCCCGGGGGGCGAUGGAGGAGAAGGAGGCGGAGAAGAAGGACGCAUCCUGAAACCGAGGAGGCGGAGCUUUGGUUUCUGGAAACAGGAAGUGCAGGAGCGGAGAGAGGAAGUGGAACUUUUGCACACUUUGUUCAGCGGAGCGCUUCCUCCUGGGGUCAAAGGUCUACCUGCUUGGACGUUUAGAGACGCUGCGGCGCGUAACCCGGCCUGGAGCCCGACUUCCUGGUGCCUUUCCUUCAGCGCCUCGGGUUCUGGAUGCAGGAAGGUAAAUGUAAAUAUGACGAUAUCUCCUCUUCUUUUGCAUAUCAGCUUUGUAAGAAAUGCAACCUCCUCCUUUUUCCUUCUUUUAAUUUUUCGGACACCUUAAUAAACGUUGAUGUGAAGUUAUGGAUAUUACCAUUACGUACGGUUGCACUAAACAUAUUUUUAUAUGAGUGAAAAAAAAUGCUUUUUUGUGUACAGCAGUGAUUCUAUAAUACUAUUUAUUGUUAUCAUGUUUCAUAAAUUGUACAUUUUUUCUUAAAUGUCGUGGAUGCCUUUUCUAUGUACAGCAUGGGGUUUUGCUGACAUGAGGCGAGGAUGUGAACACUGUACUACAGCUUUCUAUGUAUUUAUACGGUCAGAGUCUGAAGAUGUACUCCAAUAUUACCCUGCAUAUGAAUGCAUACAGUAUAUGGAACCACACGACUAUAUCUGCACUUAGCAUUUAAACUCUCAUUGUUGUAGUUUGCUUGUACAUUUUGCUGCUUUUUGCCUGACGCUGCUUGAUUUCUUUCAGUUUUUAGUUGAACUUUGAAGUGGAGCUGCACGACGGCAGAGCGACACGCAGGAGCAACGUUAUUAUUCUGUUACAUAUUUUCAUCAGUUUUGUGGCUGAAAUCCGUUAAGUUUUGCAUCAAACGUGCAGAAUUUGAAAAUAUGCUUAAUAACUAUCCAUAAUUCAUAACAGUUGGAAACAAGGAUUUCAAAAUAAAGUUUCUGUCCAGCGACUGCAGAAGCUCACAUUAAAAUUAAUGUUUGUGAGUUUAUUGCAAAAAUACAAACAUUGAGUUUAAGUGAUGCCAACUCCCACCUGCAGGUGGCAGCGUUUCUUCUUCUGCUCGGCUUGUUGGAUUAAAGUUCAUCAAGUUAGUGUGGGAAGUAGCAAACACUCGUCUUUACAGUCAUACAUAUUUAUGUUUCUCACACUAGAGUGAAAUAAAUGAUCACAAAACUCCUUGCAGAUGUUUAUAAAGAAUCAAAAAUCAGUUCUUAUUGCAAAAAAUCCCCAAAUCAAUCCUGGAUCUGGUUUACAGGCACUUUAUAUCAGAUCAGUUCAUGUUGGAGAGAAAAACACUUUGUUGAUCCUGUGGGUGCAGAAAGUGUUGACAAAAAGCUGAAGUCGUGUUUCAUGUUUUCGUAUCGUGCAGCUCUGGUUCGAAGCUUUUAUUUUGGUGAAGCACGGAUUUGCUCGGCGCAUGAACUGAAUGACGUUAGUGUGAUGCGCUCCUCCCUCAGCAGCUGUUGGCGUCCAAACAGGAAACAACCAAACAUUCCAGUCACAAAAACGCCGGGACUUCUGCAGCAGCAACGCCUCCUUCCAACUUCAACCUGCAGCCGUUCUGAAGAUGCACCUUAUUUUUUCCUCCUGAUCCGUUUGUUUGUUUCUUCAUGACUCUGAAAACCUUCAGCAGUAAUAAUCCUGCUCUGCUCCGCUGCACAUCCUCUUUUCAAGCAAUAUUUGCCAAACUCUGCUUCACCAGCAGGGAGUGAAUUUGUUGCAAGGCAACAAUGGUGUACUUACAAAAUCCUAGAAUCAGGAGAAGAAGGGAGCAGUUGUGUUUAGAGGCGCAAGUUUUUUAGAGUUCUGGACCGUUUGGGCCGAGUCGGGCAGGCUGCAAUGUGAGUGUCUGUAUUCUGUAUCAGUGUGUAUUCAACCAGUAUAUCCUCUUCGUACAACUUUUUUCUAUUUUGAUUCUCCCUCAUGUAUCAUGACAACAAUGAUGUCUCCUUCUCUUAUCAAAGCACAAGUCAUUGCAUACGGAUGACAACUAUACAGAAAAAGGAUAUAAAAAGGUAAACGUGCAUUUAGAGGGUGUCUCUUGUGACGGUGUUCUGGAAUUAAUACGACUAUCAUGUAUGAUCCAAGGUGCAACAAAGAGUCGCAGUAGAAGUGAAAGAAAUGCGUUCUUGUUUCCAAAUAAAUAUAAAGAAACA